CUGAGGAAGAUUGCUACAGUUAUUGGUGUUACGGGCGAUCAAGGAGGUGCUGUUACUGCCGCGCUCCUGCAAAAUCCUGAAUACCACAUUCGCCGUGUAACCAGUAACCCAGAUAGCAUCGCUUCCAAGGCUUUUGAAGCCACGAGAAUUGGGAUUGUGAAGGGGAAUCUUGACAAUGAGGCAUCAUUGAGGGCCGCAUUCGAGGGCUCGUAUAUCAUUAUUGACAUAGCUGAUUUUGUUCCAGGAUAUGUCGCGCAU